UUUCAAAUCCAUCCAACUAGCUCCCGCCCGCAACAAGUACGGCGGGAAUCCCGAUGGUCUUUCAAUCUCCGACUCAACCAUGUUCUGAUUACGUACUCCACCCUAUAUUCUUUUUUUUUCUUUUGCGCAUCGAGUUCAACGAUGGCAACGGUACAGACGAAUCCGUUACCGAAGGCUUACAAAGCUCCCGACGCUGCAGUGUCGCAACUCUCGUCCUUCAAAAAACGACGGCUUUUGCCCGCAGGCCCCGCAUUUAUCGAACAUCUUCGAUUAACCAUCCAUCAUCAGGGUUCCUUCUUGAAGCACGACUUCCACAAUGAGAAGGAACGCCAACGACUCGAGGAGCUCAAGGGCGCGUCUUCAAAUAGUGAAGACGAUCUGGGUGUCGGUGAUGAACAGGAAACCGAGGUGCUCUUGGCGCUAGAUCCCAAGGAGUGGAAGAAACAAGACCACUAUGCCGUGCUGGGUCUGUCUCAUCUUAGGUACAAAUCUACGCCCGAGCAAAUCAAGGUUGCCCACCGAAAGAAGGUCUUGAAACAUCAUCCUGACAAGAAAGUUACGACGUCGACUCCGCCGAGUGCCACCCCUCUCCUCUCCGGAAUCAAUCUCAACACCAACGAUGACGCCUUUUUCAAAUGCAUCCAAAAAGCCCACGAGGUACUCACUAACCCUGAGAAACGUAGACAAUUCGAUUCCGCAGAUCCACAGCUGCUGGAGGAAUUGGAAGAUGAUCUUCCUACGGCACAGUCCAUCAAGUCGGACAAGCUAGAUUUCAUACAAGCUUUCACGCCCAUUUUCGAGCGGGAGGCCAGGUUUUCGAAGAAACAACCUGUACCAAUGCUUGGCAGCAUCGAUGCCAGCAAGCAACAUGUUGAAGGCUUCUACGAUUUCUGGUACAACUUUGAUAGCUGGCGGAGUUUCGAGUGGUAUGACAAGGAGGUCAAUGAAGGAAGUGACAGCCGUGAUGAUAAACGCUAUACCGAAAAGAAGAACAAGAGCGAGCGUGCCAGGCGCAAGAAAGAGGACAUUGCGCGUGUGAGAAAAAUAGUUGAUCAUACUCUGAGCUUGGAUCCCCGUAUCAAGCGCAUCAAGCAAGAAGAGAAAGAAGCAAAGGAGUUGAAGAAAGCCGCAAAAUCCGCCCCCGCCUCAGGAGUGAACACACCUAAAGGAGGGAAGAGUAAGGCCGAACAAGAGGCGGAAAAGAAAAAGAAGGAGGAGGAGGAGAAGGUCGCUAGGGCUGAAGCAAAGAAGCAAAAGGCUGCUGCUGCCAACGCUGCCAAGAAGGCCAGGAGACUGCAAAGAGCUGCAGAAGCCGAGGCUGGUGCAGCUUAGGCUCACACAUGCUCCAUGCUCCUGGGGAUGAUGAUGUAUGUAAUAAGCCCGGGAAAUCUAUGACCAGCAAAAAUUCUCAAUAUAUCCUGUAGAG